AUGCAAGACUUGAAUGAUGGUGGCGAAGAGACAGGCAUCCGCGAGAGGCCGAGAAUCACAAUUCUGCCUGGUUCUACUGAAACUGCCGCAUCGUUCGAGUUCGAAGGAGAAGAUCAUACCCUGGGAAAUAUACUACGAUAUACCAUUAUGAAGAAUCCCGAGGUUGAGUUCUGUGGUUACGUUCUCCCACACCCGUCAGAGUUCAAAAUGAAUCUACGGAUCCAAACUUACGAUUCGACCAAUGUAUUCGAAGCACUUCACAAGGGUCUCGAUGAUCUGAUGAAUCUUUGCGACGUUAUGACGGAAACGUUCACAGCUGCAAGGGACGAUUUUGAAUCAACCAAAAUGAUGUCAUAA